GCAAAAACCAGUCUCCUAAAUCGAUGGAAAACGGUGUCAACGGGGAGCAUGAAGAUCUUAAUCCAGAAGUGAACGACACUACAUCAUCAUCGAGGUUCUGGAUUGAAUCAAAAAAGCUAUGGUACAUUGUCGGUCCCGCAAUCUUCAGCCGCGUCGUAAGUUUCUCCUUGAAUGUCAUUUCUAUAGCCUUUGGUGGCCACCUCGGCAACGUUGAACUCGCUGCCCUUUCCAUAUCCAUCAAUGUCCUCGUCGGCUUCAAUUUGGGUUUCCUGUUAGGGAUGGCGAGCGCCUUGGAGACUCUGUGUGGGCAAGCCUUUGGGGCGAAGAAGUACCAUAUGUUGGGAAUAUACUUGCAAAGGUCAUGGAUUGUGCUCUUCCUCAGUGGUAUUUUGUUCCUACCCAUUUACGUUUUCGCUGCUCCGGUUAUGAGACUCAUUGGACUGCCCGAAGAAGUGGCGAAACUCUCUGAGGUCGUGGCUCUGCGGCUCAUACCGCUGCAGCUCGGAUUUACGUUUCUGUUGCCAGUGCUACGGUUCCUGCAGUCCCAGCUUAAGACCUUUGUGAUUAUGUGGGUUUCUUUUGCGGCUUUACUGGUUAACUCGCUGCUUACUUGGCUCUUCCUUCGUGUGUGGGAUUUUGGACUUGUUGGUAUUGUUGUUGCUUUGGACAUCUCUUGGUGGGUUCUGGUUUUAGGGUUGUGUGGGUAUGCUAUGUGUGGUGGAUGUCCUCAAACUUGGACUGGAUUCUCUGCACAAGCCUUUACGGGUCUCUGGGAGUUCAUCAAACUCUCUGCUGCUUCCGGAGUCAUGCUCUGCUUGGAGAACUGGUAUUAUACAAUAUUGAUGUUGAUGCCUGGCUACUUGAAGAAUGCUACAGUUGCAGUGGGUGCCUUGUCAGUCUGCAUGAACAUCAAUGGGAUCGAGCUCAUGAUCCAUAACGCUUUCUUUGCUGGUGCAGGAGUAAGGGUGGCCAAUGAAUUGGGAGCUGGUAACGGUAAAGGCGCAAAAUAUGCAACUAUGGUGGCUGUGUCCUAUUCGGCUGUGAUUGGGCUCUUUUUCUGCAUGCUAAUCCUAAUACUCCGCGACAAGAUCGCAUACAUCUUCACAUCAAGCACUGAUGUCAUCCAUGAAAUUGACAAGAUGUCGUACCUCUUAGGGGCCACAAUUCUAUUCAACAGUAUUCAGCCAGUCUUAUCGGGGGUAGCUGUUGGAUCGGGAAGGCAAGCAACAGUUGCAUAUAUAAAUAUUGGAUGCUACUACGUUAUUGGUCUUCCUGUUGGAAUUCUAAUGGGAUGGGUCUUCCAUUUGGGCGUUAUGGGUAUUUGGGGUGGGAUGGUCUUCGGCGGGACGGCUGUUCAGACUAUGAUAUUGGUCAUCUUAACAAUGCGAACCGAUUGGACGAUGCAGGCUGAGGAAGCCAGUAAGCGCGUAAGUAAGUGGACAAACGUCCCUAGCGACUCAGAAGAUCACCAAGCGGAAGUUGAACACUAACAAAAUUGAUCAAGUUGAUACAUGGAUCGAUGUUGCCACCGAUAAUUAGCCUACAAAUUUGAGUCUA